AUGUUACCGAGUGAACAGGCUCCCAUGUCACUGUGGGAAGCUGUCAUUUUAAAAGGUGGCAGGGGGCCCUCCCUGGUGGCCCAGUGGUUAAGUCUCCCCCUUCCAAUGCAGUGGGUGUGGAUUUGGUCCCUGGUCAGGGAACAAGGUUUCCACGUGCUGAAGGGUGCAGCCAAUAAAUGUUUAAAAAUAAGUAAAACUUGUAAAACAUGUUACUUCAAAAAAGUGCGUUAUCUUCACGGCUCUAACUGCCAUCGGUCGGGAAAGGCUGGCUCUAAGGGCGUAGGUAAGCAUCAGGGAGCCGCUCUGUCCUGUGUAGACGUGAGGAGCUGCAAGAGGCAGGAGCGGACCCAUGGCCCAGAGACCUCACACAGGGACCCCCUCUCUCGGCACCUCAAUCUGUCAGCCCCACAGGUACCGAAACAGAUCAGGCAACACGCAAAACCUGCACAGAUUCCAUGA